AUGGACGAAGAUGAAGAUGUUCAACAAUGUCUGAACGAAGUAGUGGAAAAAAAGUUUGCCACGACGAGGUACUUGGUUUACCGGUAUGUCUCAGACCAAAUGGAAAUUUUUCGUGUUAUCAAAAAAACCUGAUUCACGUUUUUUUAUUCUGAUAUCAGUUCAGGACAUGGAAGAUGAAGACGAUGAAGAGAAUGGAGAAAUUAUAGCUUCCGGGUACAUUGAUUUGGGUGAAUGGAGAAGGUUUUUUUCGAAAAAAACUCAGCUCAAAAAUAAAAAAAAUAUUGUUUUUGUCACAGAGUUGUCGGUGAAUACAACCUGAAAAAAAUGGCUUAUACAUAUGGAAGCGGGAACCAUUGACCAACCUAUCAUCGACCAACGGGUAUCAUUCGAAAGGCAAUUCCAGGAAACUUUUUAAAUUCAGUUCUUACUCUAACAGUGGAAAUGCCGUUUUUUUGAAAUUGAAGAUACUUUCUACAGUCCAAAAAAAGGGUCCGGAAAAACGGAUAAUGUUACUGUCUGCAGGUUUUUUUAAAUUUCUGAGGCUCAUUAAAAAUCAUAUCUCAGAUGCUCCGUGAAGAACUGUCGUUCCAAACUUUUUCAUUCACGACCUGAGAUACGAAGUAAAAAGGUCUCUGCAAUCACGGGAUCCUACCAGAAUGGAAAAAGGGUAUUUUUUUGUUAUCUGCACAGUACGAAUUCAGAAAAAUUAAUAAUAAUAAUAAUUUAAAAGUUUUAGAUCCGUUCUUUCCUACGAAACGCAAAAAGUCCAAAGAGCUUCUGGCGUUCCCGUAGCCACUUGUGUGUCGAACGUUAUCUUGAAAUGCUCUGACGAAGAGCUUCAAAUUGUACCGUCGAAAGCAGCAAUGCGAAAGCAAGUUCAAAGACCAAUGGAAACUAAAUAUUUUCGAGGAUUACAUGACAAAAAUCGAUUGGUCAUCAUUCCGUAAGAAUUUCAUUAGAUUUUUCAAUUUUUAUUUUUGUUUCAGAUUGCUGGUACUACGACUCAAUAGAUGAUGAGGAUUUCGAACAAUCAAAGAGGCUACUGAUUUUUCGAAACGAUUCGGUUGAACCAUUCCGUGAUAUGGUAAAACAUGUUUACGCGGACGGAAAAUUUCUUCUGAAGAGUGGAUACUUUUCACAGUUGUACGUUAUCGUGGCUGAAGUUUAGAAGUUAUGAAUUCCGCGUUUUCAAUCGAUUUUUCAGGUCUCACACAUAAACAUUCCUCUUUACAGUGCUUUGUUAUCAGACAAAAGUCAACCUACUUACGAAAAAUUGUUUGCAAAAAUUAGAGAAGAUGGCUUGAGCCCAGAUUUGGUGUCUAUGGGUAAUUUUUUUUUCUUCCAUAGGAAAAAUAAUGAGCUGUUCAGAUUUCGAGUAUGCAGCUAGAAACGCAGCGAAAAUGUCCUUUGGUUCAAAAAUCGCUUAUUGUCGUUUUCACUGGGUGCAGCUGAUUCGAAGAAAAGCCAAAAAACUAAGUAAAAUUUUGCGAUAAAACUUUCAAUAAACUAAAUAUUGAACGAUGAAACAUCGAAAUUUCAACAUUUUGCAGAGGUUUGGAAGGCACUGAAGUCAAAGGCCGGUAUCGUUUUAUGGCGAAAAGUAAUGGCUUUGGCAUUCCUCAAGGAAGAAGACAUUAAAAGUGCUGGAAACACUAUUUGCGACGAUAUCCUCUCGUUCGGAGAAGGAAAAAGCGACAAAUUCAAAGGUUUAUUCUCUGAAAAAAAACAAUAUGUAUUUUUCCAUUCCAGAAUUCACGCAGUAUUUGAAAAGAUACUUUAUUGGUGACAACGGUUGGGACCCUGUUUUUCAUAUAUCCGAAUGGGAAUGCCGGACAAAGGUUAUUAACCAUGAGAACACAACGAAUAACCCCGCGGAAGUCAACUUUUUCAAGCUUCAGCGUAAGAAAAUAUAAAAAAAGGACAUAAUCAUCAAUUCAGUUGCGAAUCACAAAAACCAUGAUGAGGUUCCCAUCUAUUAUAAUCCGAGAUUGCUUAAAACGUCAAGAAGAGACUACGAAGAAUUUCAUUAUGGAAACUUUCCAGAAGAGAGUUCGUAG